CAAGAAAAACAAGGAAUGAAGGCGGUGACCAAGGCCCACCCAAAACGCAUAAAUUAGGUCUCAACCUUUUUUCUAAUUCCCUAUAUUUCAUCAUUCGCACCAAUCCAAACCCAAGAAAGAGAAAAACAGAAAAGCUUCGUUUAGGAAGAACAACAAGAAGCUCUGGAUUCCGCCUCUUCCCGUCCUUCGAGACGGUUGUUAUGCUGCGUGCUUUUCAGGUUGGUCUGGGUUUGAAUCUAAAGGAUCGUGAUUUAUAUUUUGAGACAUGGAGGGAGUUUGUUUCUGGACAAAUUGCUACCAGUAUCGGUUUUUUGCAUUCCAAGAAGUGCUUGAUUGGCGAUUUUUCAUCCUUGGAGAUUUUCUUCGGGUUUCCUUUGUUAAUUGCACUUAGUGUUCUGCUCCCGUUUGAUGAUCAGCACAGGGUACGUGAUGCUACUUUCUUCUGAUACAGGUGCUGCAUCUUUAGUGCACUUGUGCAAUGCAUUGCUGACCCAUCAUUCUGUUAAAACUUCCGGUAAAUCCUCUUGGGGCUGAAACAUAUAGAUCCGUGACUGAAUAUUGGAUUCUGCCUGCAUAUUUUGAGUGAAGCAUUUGCAUUGAAUCUGUUCGAACUGUAGUUAUUGAGAUAGCCUCCUUGUUGCUCUUCAUGGGUAUUGUUGCUGAAUAACACAUCAGUUGCCCGAAGUUUCUGAAGCAAAUCCUACUUUGAUUAGAUGAAGUAGAUUAUAUUGUAGUUCUGAAGUCUUGGGUCACGGUGAUAUUAGCUAGUGGGAGAAUAAUGCUACUGCUUUGAUCAGUCAUUAUAGUGGGACCUGAGAAGUGUCAGUAUGAUCCCUGGUUCUUGUUCAUUUCCACCACCUUUACUCUGCAGCCAUUUCGAAGCCGUGGGUCUAUUAAUAAAUAAAGCUGUGCAGCCCGUCCAUCUGAAAGUUUCUGCUUCUAUGCCCUCUUUUGCUACGACAGAAAAUUGAUGGUGGAUUUUGCUGGACCAGCAGGAACCUGUUAAUAUUUUAUACAGCUCUGAGCAUCAUCUACACGAGAUAAAUGCCAUUUAUCCUUUGCGUUUUUGUUUACAUUUGUUGAAUAAAGAAAGUGCUGCUUAGUGUUCCCUGGGAACAAUGGAGAGGUACAACUUAAUUAAGGAAGUUGGUGAUGGGACUUUUGGGAGUGUGUGGAGAGCUAUAAACAAACAGACUGGUGAAGUUGUUGCUAUCAAGAAGAUGAAGAAGAAGUAUUACUCUUGGGAGGAGUGUGUAAACCUAAGAGAAGUCAAGUCGUUGCGAAAAAUGAACCACCCAAAUAUUGUCAAGCUGAAGGAAGUUAUUCGAGAAAGUGACAUUUUGUACUUUGUUUUUGAAUACAUGGAAUGCAACCUAUACCAGCUUAUGAAAGAUAGGGAAAAACUGUUUUCUGAAGGUGAAGUUAGGAAUUGGUGUUUUCAAGUUUUCCAAGGUCUUGCUUACAUGCACCAGCGUGGAUACUUCCAUCGUGACCUGAAGCCCGAAAACUUGCUGGUUACCAAGGAUAUCAUCAAAAUUGCUGAUUUUGGCCUAGCCCGAGAGAUCACUUCACAACCACCCUACACUGAAUAUGUCUCCACACGAUGGUAUGUGUCAUUCACUUUCAAUAGAUGUUUCACAUUCUGUUUUAGGUGUGCAAUAACAUGCGUGACUGCCUUCCUGUUUAGGUACCGUGCUCCUGAAGUGUUGCUUCAGUCUUAUAUGUAUACUUCUAAAGUUGACAUGUGGGCAAUGGGUGCUAUAAUGGCUGAGCUUUUCUCUCUACGUCCCCUUUUCCCAGGUGUCAGUGAAGCAGAUGAGAUAUACAAAAUAUGUGGUGUGAUAGGCAGUCCAACUCAUGAAUCUUGGGAUGAUGGACUCAAGCUUGCAAGGGACAUCAACUACCAAUUUCCGCAGCUUGCCGGUGUGCAUCUUUCUGCACUGAUCCCGUCUGCAAGCGAUGAUGCAAUCAGCCUUAUCACAUCACUUUGCUCCUGGGAUCCCUGCAAGAGGCCAACAGCUUCCGAGGCCCUUCAGCAUCCUUUCUUUCAGAGUUGCUUCUAUAUUCCUCCAUCCCUUCGCAGCAGAGCAGUAGCCAGAACUCCACCAUCCGCUGGAACCAGAGGAGCGCUGGAUCAUCAAGGGGUCAAGAGAUAUUCCGGUGCUUUAUCCAAUUCAAAGGCCACCAAUAAUUUUUCUUCCCAGAAAUUACAUCCUCCUUUAGCUUCAGGUGUGCAACGGAAGCUGGAUAUGGUAAAUCAGGAUGGAAUUAAGAAUGAAAAACCUAUGAGGAGUACUAAACCAAAGUAUCGACAGCCAGGAAAGGACAGCCCAACAUCUAUGAACAAGGGGAGGUAUGCACGUGGGGUUUCAGAAGCAGCUGAGAAAUUGGGCAAUUUGUCUGUUAGUAGUAGAAGACAAUCAAUGGGACAUCCCCGUCCUCCACCAAUGAAGGCUGGAGUGAAUUGGAUGUCUGAAUCUGGAAACUUCAUCCUUGGAUCCGCCCAGCAGAUUCAGACUGGAAGAACUUUCACCAGAAAAGUUGCCGGAUGAGUAAAUAUGGGACACCCUACUACAGUGCAUGCUCAAUGUUUGUGUGAAUGUCCUUGUCCUUAAGUAUAUGUGUGUUUAGACUAUUUUAUGGCUUUGGCCACCUCUAAACUACAAAACUAUUAUGUAUUAUUGCCUGUGUUGUGAGUUGUUGGUAAUCGUCUCGUACCUGUGGGACAUGCAGAGCUAAACUGAUACUUUAAACUAUAAAUAAACUUUUCCCUACUUCGAAUUUGGACGAA